CGGUAACCAAAUCAUCGAAGGAAAGAAGGACGCGAGGGCAAGAGACCUCCUCGCUCCCUCUGUUGACUCUCCUGUUUCCUCGGUUCUACACAUACAUCAACUUGCUCCUCCCCCGGCGAUCCAAGCCGUGCCUUCAUCCUUUGCCUCUCUCUUCAGGUCGUCGUUGGGAUUUUUGAGGGGUGAUGACGGAGUAUCCUCCUGGGUUGAUUUAUUCGGCCGUUAUUGCGGCGGGUCUGUUCGGUUUUGUUGUGGGGCACGGGGAGCAUCCGCUCUCUAAGAUUUCCGUACGCAGAGCCACGAUGGCCCUUCACGACGCAGCUUACGUCAAGGCUUCUCCUAGCCUUCUCGGUCUGAAGGGUCAGACCACUGAAUGGGUAAGCUUGGAAUAUGGCCGCCCAAAUCCUUCAGAUGAAGACUGGAUUGGAGUUUUCUCUCCUGCAAAUUUCAGCACUUCUGUCUGUGAGCCAGAGAGUGGAAGAGAGCAGCCUCCGUUACUCUGUACUUCCCCUAUCAAGUUCCAGAGCGCAAAUUAUACAAGUCCUAGUUAUUCGAAGUCGGGAAGGGGGUUUUUGAAACUUCAACUGAUCAACCAGAGGGGAGACUUCUCUUUUGCUUUAUUUUCCGGUGGUCUCCAAAAUCCAAAACUGAUAGCUGUUUCAAACAUUGUAAAAUUUCUGAAUCCAAAGGCUCCUGCCUACCCUCGCUUAGCUCAAGGAAAAUCCUGGAAUGAAAUGACAGUGACAUGGACAAGUGGAUACAACAUCUAUGAGGCUAAACCUUUUGUUGAGUGGGGUCCACAUGGAAGAGAAAGAAUACGUUCUCCAGCUGGCACUCUUACUUUUGAUCGUCACAGCAUGUGUGGUUCACCUGCAAGAACAGUAGGUUGGCGUGAUCCUGGUUUCAUACAUACAAGUUUUCUAAAGGACUUAUGGCCUAAUUUAAUGUACCAUUACAGACUUGGACAUCAAUUAUUUAAUGGUUCGUAUAUUUGGAGCAAAUCAUACAGCUUUAGAGCAUCUUCGUAUCCAGGUCAAGAAUCUUUACAGCGAGUUGUCAUUUUUGGUGAUUUAGGAAAGGCAGAAGCUGAUGGUUCUAAUGAGUAUGAGAACUUCCAGUUUGGUUCUCUGAACACUACUAAUCAGCUUAUCAAGGACUUGAAGAAUAUAGAUAUGGUUCUCCAUAUUGGAGAUUUAUGUUAUGCCAAUGGAUACAUUUCUCAGUGGGACCGUUUUACUUCACAAAUUGAACCUAUUGCUUCAGCAGUGCCUUAUAUGGUAGGAAGUGGUAACCAUGAACGGGAUUGGCCUGGAUCAGGUUCCUUUUAUGAGAAUAAAGAUUCUGGUGGUGAAUGCGGGGUUCUUGCUGAAACCAUGUUCUACGUCCCUGCUGAGAACAGGGCCAAAUUCUGGUAUGCAACAGAUUUUGGUAUGUUUCGAUUUUGUAUAGCUGACACCGAGCAUGAUUGGAGACCAGGAACCGAGCAAUAUAAGUUCAUUGAACAUUGUCUAUCAUCAGUUGAUAGAAAGCAACAACCAUGGUUGAUCUUUCUUGCUCAUCGAGUACUUGGCUACUCAACCACCGAUUUUUAUGCUGAUAAUGGGGCUUAUGGGGAACCGAUGGGAAGAGAGAGCCUUCAAGAACUCUGGCAGAAAUACAAGGUUGACAUUGCUUUCUAUGGCCAUGCACAUAAUUAUGAAAGAACAUGUCCAGUCUACCAGAACAUAUGCGUUCAAAAUGGAUCAAAUCACUACAGUGGCUCCUUCCAAGCAACCACCCAUAUUGUAGUCGGGGGUGGUGGAGCCAGCCUUGCCGACUUCAGUCCCGAGAUACCAAAAUGGAGUCACGUCAGGGACCGUGAUUAUGGAUUUGUGAAGCUCACAGCGUUCAAUCAUUCCUCGCUUCUAGCCGAGUACAAAAGAAGCAGCAACGGGGAGGUGCGUGAUCGCUUCACAAUCUCCCGUGAUUACAGAGAUAUCUUAGCAUGCAGUAUUGACAAUUGCCCCAGGACUACGUCGGCUACAUGAGCAUUGUAUAUGAUCUCUCCCAAGAGUCGCACGGGAGAGCACCGUUUUGAUCUGUUUAUUGCCUACUACGUACGUGUUGCACGUUCAAAAUGGAUCAAAUCUCUAUCUGGUUACUUGUGACUGUAAUAAAAGAAACAAAGCUGAAAAUAAUUGAUACGUGUUGAUCAAGUUUCUUGCGGCGGUGUUGUUAUAAAACACAUGAAGAAUAUGCAGCAGCAGUGUUGUGACGCUGCCUUUUUUCCUGUGUGUUUCUUUGUGUUCGGGAAAACUCUGUUUAUGAGCUAUGAACGUUGCUGCGUUUACUGUGGGGGGUCUCAUUAGCUGUAUACUGCAUUAAACACGGUAUUUU